AUGUCAAAGUCUGGGCAGCUGGUGUUCCUGGGUUUGGACAACGCUGGGAAGACGACCUUGCUACACAUGCUGAAGGACAACAGAAUGGGACAGCAUGUGCCGACGUUACAUCCCACUAAGGAGGAGCUCGUGAUGGGAGGCGUGCGCUUCACGACCUUCGACCUCGGGGGUCACUCACAGGCACGGCGUGCGUGGAAAGAUUCCGUCCCAGCGAUCAACGGAGUCGUGUUUCUUAUCGACGCUGCGGACAGCGCCAGGCAUGGGGAAAGCAAGAAGGAACUGGAUUGUCUUCUUGCAGAUGAGCAGAUCGCGAACGUGCCGAUUCUGAUUCUGGGGAACAAGAUCGACCAGCCGGACGCAGCGAGCGAGGAGUUUCUCCGGCAGUAUUUCUGCUUGUACGGACUGACAACCGGAAAGGGCAACGUGCGGCUCCAUGGAUCGAACACACGGCCUAUGGAGUUGUUUAUGUGCAGUGUACUGAAGAGGCAAGGUUACGGGGAGGGCUUCCGCUGGCUGGCACAGUACAUCUAGUGAGCGCGCCCACUCCCAGGCCAGCUUCAUUGCUUUCCUGUAUUUUGGCGACGCCUCAGGGGCUAGCCUAAUAGUAUAGAGCGUCCGUUUGACAAGAAUUCCCAAAAUUUGUUAGGCAUGUUAGAAAUUUCCCCCCAUGCAUGUGUAGUUGCAUCAUCCCUUUAGAGGGGAAUAACUCGGGAAUGGGUUAACAGAUCUUCAUGAUAUUUGGAAUGUAGAGAGCUUCAGAGUUUCCUUAGUUAAGAAUAUGUUAAUCAUGUAAAUCAGGGGCUAAUUUGCAUGAUUAAUGAGCACAGUUUAUGAAUACACCGCAUUUCAUGUUAGAUUGCUCAAAAAUAUGCCAUAUGUAACUCAAAAAGAGAAAAAUAUUAGGCUUACUGUUAAGGACAUAUCCGAUUCGCUAAAAUUACCGAAAUUCCACAGCAAUUCGUCCGCUCAUGUGCCAUUGCACCAUCCCUUUGAAAGGGAAUAACUCGGAAGGGAUAAAGAGGUUCUUUAUAGUCGUUUUCUAGCCGCUAGAGGAAUACAUGUAUGCCCCAACUCAAUAGAGUGUGUACCGAGAUAUACUGAGGCUGACCGAAGCCCACGAGUUACCACGUACUUGUGGCCUAGACUUUAAGGUGUGCAAGU